UCACGUGACCUGCUAGGCAGCAGCCAUCUUGAAUGUUUUUUGUGGGCGGAGGAAAACAAGACGCUUCGGACAUCUGCAUAGUUGUAGUGUAGUUCGCUUGGCCUGUGGACGCUAAAACCCAACGUUUGUCCUCCUAAAGGGACCAAAGAUGGGAAACAUAAACACAGUGGGGCCGAACGAAGCCCUGGUGGUGUCAGGUGGUUGUUGUGGUGCAGAUACAAGGAAGACUGUGAUUGGUGGAUGGGCCUGGGCAUGGUGGUUGGUUACUGAUGUGCAAAGGCUGUCUCUUGAGGUCAUGACCCUUAACCCGACCUGUGAGAGUGUGGAGACAGCGGAGGGCGUGCCCUUGACCGUGACAGGCGUGGCACAGGUCAAGGUCAUGACGGAGCCGGAGCUGCUGAGCACAGCCUGUGAACAGUUCCUGGGGAAAUCUGUGUCACACAUCGAGUCUGUCAUCCUGCAGACACUGGAGGGGCAUCUCAGGGCUAUCCUGGGCACACUGACUGUGGAGGCAGUCUACAAGGACAGGGACCAGUUUGCCCAGCUGGUACGAGAGGUGGCCUCCCCCGACGUCGGUCGCAUGGGCAUCGAGAUUCUGUCCUUCACCAUCAAGGACGUCUUCGACCGCGUGGAGUACCUGUCGUCUCUCGGCAGAUCGCAGACGGCCGCCGUGAAGAGAGAUGCCGACAUCGGUGUGGCUGAGGCAGAGAGAGACGCAGGAAUCAGGGAAGCUGAAUGUGAGAAGGCAAGGAUGGACGUUCGAUACGACGCGGACACGCUGAUCGCUGACCACGACAGAAUGUUCAAACUGAAGAAGUCGGAGUAUGAGAUGGAAGUGCAGGCCAAGAAAGCCGAGGCCAACCUGGCCUACGAGCUGCAGGCUGCAAAAGUUCGACAGAAGAUCCGUAACGAGGAGAUUGAGAUUGAGGUUGUGGAGCGCCGUAAGCAGAUCGACAUUGAGGAGAAGGAGAUCCAGCGUAAGGACAAGGAACUGAUCGCCAUUGUGAGGCGCCCAGCCGAGGCAGAGGCCUACAAGGUGCAGACAAUAGCAGAGGGCAAGAGGACACAGACCGUCAAGGUGGCCCAGGCUGACUCAGGUAAGAUCAAGCUGAUCGGAGAGGCUGACGCCAGUGCAAUCGAAGCCAUCGGAAAGGCGGAGGCAGAGCGCAUGAGACAGAAGGCCGCGGCGUACAAGAUGUACGGAGAUGCCGCCAUGAUGGCUCUGGUGUUGGAGUCCCUGCCUAAGAUUGCUGCAGAAGCGUCUGCUCCAUUGGCUAGGACCGAGGAGAUCGUGCUGCUGGGCGGAGAAGGCAGCCGCAGCACACAGGAGAUCACCAAGCUGAUCAGCGAGCUCCCGCCGGCUGUGCAAGCCCUCACCGGAGUCGACCUGUCCAAGGUGUUGACUAAGGUGCCCGGAGCAAAGUAGGCCUGUAUGCACAAACACAGGCAGAUUUCUUCUUCCUAGUUCUCAUCAGUAGUUUGUAUAAUACCCUACACCAGACCUACUGUUUUAGUGGUACCCCUGAUUGUGCUAGAAUGUUAGGCUCUAGACUUUCAUUUGUCUUUGUUCACAUAUAGUAAUAGCUAAUGUACAGUACAAUUUUGCCAGUAGACAGUAUGUUGCUGUUACUGUUAGAACAAUUGCUAACCCAAGAUACUUUAGACGGUAUUGUAUAAACAGCUGAAGGCAACUUAGAUAUAAUGCAUGUUUUACACAUUUGUACAACUUGACAGUCUUUUCUAAUGCAGUUUAACUCUGCUUGUAUCACAAGCGAGGCUAUCCCCUAUCUUUUUCUGUACAUUGCCCAUUAUCUACAGUGUAUGUGCACUACAAGGAAAUCCAAAUGUAUGAAGUUAAACUGAAUGUAAUGUUAGGAAAGUUUAUCUGUUUGAUUUUAACAAUUUCUUUAGGAACAGAGGCAUGUAUGUGUGCGUAGAUAUUUCAAGACUUUGAAGGAUCUAGUCAUUUCAGCCUUUCAUGGCUUAGUGUUGUAGCAAAGUGGAUUUUGUUGUACACAGGAAAGCUCAUAUUCAACAAACGGGUUAAGUUAUUCUGGCAUGUCAAUGGUAGCUUGCACCACAGUUGGUAGAUGUUAGCAUUGUAGUGCCUAGAUCUACUCUAGAACAUAUCCAUCAAAUAAUGCAGGCACCCGAGUAUAGAUAGACCAGGCGGACCUGUUUUCAGAUGUAUAUAAUCUGUGUGUAUUGUUUUUAGGUAAUGUUGGACAUGGGAUGAGAUUCUUCCUGAUUCUGUCUUGUUGUUCACUUUUGAAACUUGGCUUGGAAGUAAUGUUAACAUGUUUUGCAACGUAAAUUGGCGCAUAUGUUUUCUUUAUGUGCAAGGGUUUACGAUGUGUGUUUGUGGACAUGAUGAUACAGUAAAAACAACUUCUGGCAGCAGUGAUAGACAACUUACUAAAGCAUCAUCAAGCUACAACUACUUUGGUAAAUAACCUCUAACACUUUUUUUAUGGAUGAUGAUUUUAACUCAUUGAUUUUAUUGAAUUUUCUUAUUUGAAGGAAAUAUCCUGUGGUUAUUUUACUACCUCUAUACCUCAAAUGAAGCACUUUCUGAAGGCCUUUUCUAUUAAAAGCUUUGAAACAAACAUGCAUCUUA